AUGACUGUACCAACUAUACCUGCGCCGCGAAUGCUCCCUCUAGGAACAAGUCAGCCACCUGAUGAUAGACAUGCCGUCAGCGUCUCCCUUCCAACAUGGGUCUCUGUCCCGGGCCGACCCCUUGGCUACAAGUGGGUGAUUGAGAAAAUGCAAGCAAAUUACCCUCGGGACGCCGCAAGGCGAUGUGUCGCAUAUCUCCAAGAGCAUUAUCCCGCAGACUUCCAGACGGACAUUGUGCAUUUCCUCUGCUCACCUGACGGGCAUGGUUCAAGUGCUUGGUCCCAAUUCUACGCUGUCCUAUACGACACCAAAGCGCAGGAAGAAGCGGACCAUUUCUGGUCUAUAUUCGGGGAUGGGCUUUCCAGCCGCCAUGCGGAGUUUCUCUUGCGCUUGUGGCCGGAUAUGUCCUCGAGCCCUUGUGAUGAACUCGCAGAAACAGGUACAAACGGCUGCAUCCAGACCAGGGAGGUAGAUGAUGGGGAUGAAACCGCCAAAAUGGAGAUCAGAAACAGGAUUGCGCGCUUGAUUGCGCCCCAGGGCCCUCAUGGUCCGCGGCCAUCUGCACGGGAUGUCUUCUUGUAUGCAAAGGGGAUGUGUGCAAUAGCAGCGGUAGCAAGAGCCUUAUUGCCAGGGGAUGAUUGCAAAGAUAACUCUUCAGAGGCAGUGGUAUUCGGGUGGCCUUACUCCGAAACCCCCCGGUGCGUAUCCCAAACCGGCUACGACCGCUACACGCUCUACAGCCAAGGCACAACCUCGGAACUAGACCAGCUCGAGCAAUCUUUCGCCUCUGGCCGUCGCAUCCGGGUCCUCUUCUGUGAGAUCCCCACGAAUCCACUCCUGCGCACACCGGAUCUCCAUCGGAUCCGGGCCCUCGCAGACAAAUACGAGUUCAUCGUCGUCUGCGACGAGACCCUCGGCACAUUCACCAACGUCGAUAUCCUCCCCUACGCAGAUAUCGCCAUCACAAGUCUAACGAAGAUCUUCAACGGCGCAGGCAACGCAAUGGGCGGGAGUGCCGUCGUCAAUCCGGCAAGCCGGCACUACAGACAACUCCACGCGAAGCUCUCAGCGAUCUACGAGGACAACCUGUUCCCGGGUGACGCGGCCGUCCUCGCUUCGAACUCGCGGGACUUCGACGCGCGCGUGCGCGUGUGUAACUCUAAUGCCCUGGCGCUCGCAACCUUCCUCACAACCCAGCCGGCUAUCGCAUCCGUCUUAUACCCGCCGUUUCUACCAACGGGUAAUCUCUACGAGCGAUACCGCCGAGUAGAUGGCGGAUACGGGUACGUUCUGAGCGUUGUCUUCAAAGAUCCCAAGGAGGCGGUGCAAUUUUAUGACAGACUGGAUAUGUGCAAGGGGCCGAGCGUCGGGACGAACUUUAGUCUUGCGCUGCCGUAUGCACAGCUGGCGCAUGUUUUCGAAUUGGAUUGGGCGGAGGAGCAGGGGAUUCCGAGGCAUAUUGUCAGAUUUAGUGUUGGGCUGGAGAGGGAGGCGGAUUUGAUUGAGUGUGUUGAGAGAGCGUUGCGGGGCUAA